AUGAGUUCCGAUGAUGGCGAUAAAAUACCAGAGCUUGAAAAUAAUAUCAAAAUACUUAAAACUACAUUAAACGUUGAAGUCCUCGCAAUCGUCAAAUGUAAAGUCAUAGAGGAUGAAACGGAUGUCAUUUUCUCAUUAGUGGAUAAAUUUAAUGAAAUCAAUGUACUUGAAAGAGAAUACCAAAAUGAAUUAAAGAACAACAACAACGAUAAUAAUAAACAGAAUAUUGAAGAAAAGGAUAAAUUAAAUAAAGAAAAAAAAGAGAAACUUUUAUUAUUAGAAAAAUUGCUGGAAAUUAAAUAA